AUAUCUAAUAAUGAUACAUUCUCAUAUCAAAGAGUACCAAGAUCAGUUAGAGAAGGUGGUUCAGAUAUAAUAUCAUUUAAUGAGACUAGUGCUACUGCUUCCUUUAAUAUACCAGUUACAUUGGAAUGUACUGGUGAAGCCCCUGGGAAUAUUAGUGUUGUUAUACAGUGUAAUGGAACUGGUGUUGUAUAUACUGAUACUACACUAGUGGAAUAUGCUAAUCAACCAAUGAAUAUAACAGGAUCAGUACCAGUACCACUAAACCAACAGUGUAAUAUCAGUAUUGUAUUUAGUAAUGAGGCUGGUAGUAGUGAACCAUUUAUACUAGCAUUUGACACUACUCCUCUGCCUAUCAGUAAUACACCAUCUCCUACUAAUACUCCAUCACUUACUAGCACACCAGGUACAACUUCAUCUAGUACUGUUAUCAUAAUAAUAUCACUGACUAUUGGUGUAUUAAUAAUAGUAGCAGUAUGUGUCACUAUGUUGGUGUAUGUUGUGUAUAAAAAGAACAAGAAUAGGGCUACCUCAUCUCAACCACCUUGUAGUAAGGUGAGAGAAAGAACUGCACAUACAGCAACAAGUGGCUUAUGAAGAAGUUAAUUUUUAACAAUUUCAUAUAGUAAAAAUAGAAUAUACUGGCUCUUUUUACUGUAUUUAGCAAUGGUUUUGAUUUAUAGCAUUUAAUGAGUAUUA